AUGGCGGCUGGCGAGUUCCUAGCAGGAGGCGCUGGCUCUGUACCGCAACAUCCUCCGAGAGGCGUGGCUCUUCACAUGGUUCGACGGUCGCAGGGUGCCGUGGCGGGAGGCGCUGUACGCCACGCCAGGCGCGAGUUCGAGGAGGCCCGGGGGGAGCGUGUCACAGAGGUGCCACGUGGUGGCACGCCUCCUCAUCAGCAGCUACCCUCCUCCUGCGGGCACACGGUGCAUCAUCAGGGCGAGGCUACAGCGUCUCUUCAGUGUUCCCAGGUAUGGAAGCUUGGGUGUCUAGCUCUGUGUGGUCCACGACUCUUCGCGGACCCUGCGUUCGCCUGA